AGCGCCAGAUUUCUUUCUCCCUUCUCUCCACUUCUUUUUCCCUAAAAUCCUAAAUCCCUAAAUUAAUGGUGAACCCUACCGCCUCUAGCCACCCCAUCGCCGUCCAUUGCCUUCGCCGUUUACCGUCCUCCGCCUCCACCGGCUACUGCCGCUGAGGAACACCUUCGCAGCCCGCGCCGUCCGCCUUUACCUCCGCAACGUCUGCAAUCUACAAUUCAAGGCCAUGGGAGAUAUCUACGAGAAGAAGAACCGAAAGCGCCCCUCCGUCGCCGCCGCAGCCUAUUCUGUUUCGGCAGAAGUUAGAGCCUCCAAUCGCCACUACCGCCUCGGCCCUCCCGCCUCAUCCUUAGUCGUCGCCGGUCCUUCCCUGACCCCGUUGCAGCCUUCCUCUUCAGGUAAGUUUGUUGCCUCAAUUUUGAGUAGUAGUACCGGCUGCAGUAAACCUUGUGUUAUUUACCCUACUCUAAUUUCGAAGCUUAGAUGUGUAUAAGUGAAGAUAUGCUUUAUAAGGAUUGCAAUAAACUAUUAAAUCUGAAUGGAUUGACUUCAGAAUUUCGAUCCGCUGAUUGUGCUCUAUAUUUUAGCUGAUUUUGAAUUAAUUUAUUCUGACGAGGGACUUCGUCAUCACGAGUCUCGGCCAGUUCUUCAGGAUCUGCGGCUGAUGAUGGUGGUCGUGUGGAGUUGACUUUCGGCGAGGGGGACCUUAUGUAUCCAUAUCAUGCCGUUCCAACCACAAUCACAAACAGUUUUAAAACCAACAUGGAUCAUGAUGGCUGGACAUGGAGAGCAGUGCCGGAUGCAACGAAAUAGGAUUACUGGGCUGAAUUUAAGAAAGUGUAUUGGUGGAAGGAUGACCUCACUGAUGAGGCGGUAUACGCUAGGUGGUAUGCCAGGGCUACUGUUCGUUAUAAAGAUAUGAUUUAUAAAAUGAAGAAGGGUAGACCUGAGCGACCUCCUUAGAUGAGGCAGAAUGUGUGGGAAAAGUGGUUAGAAUAUUGGAACAAGGAUGAAGUGAAGGCUAAGGCAGCCAAAGCACAAAAGAAUAGGAUGUCUGAGCCUGAUGGGCCUGGUACUGGUAUUUCCAUCCAUAGAGGAGGGUCGAGAAAUGCCCUACAGCAUGCUGUAGUACUGAGAGAACAAGGAGUUCCAGCUGAAGAAGUGGACUGGAGUGUCUUCAAUGUCUUGCAUGCGAAGGCUGGAGAAUUCACCUAUCCCAGAGCUCGAGAUGCAUACGCCCAAGUGACUGCCAAGGCUGCAGAGCUAGCUCAAUCUCAGUCAAAUGAUGGCUCUGAGUCUCAGGAGGUAGACAUGAACAGGUUACUACUGGAUGCAGUUGGAGGCGUAUCGGCCAAGAAGCGAGUUUUUGGGAUUGGUUCACGUUCUCAUGCUUACACCUCCACCUCUAGAUCCAACCAAGGAGCCAGUUUUAGCUCACAGCCUCAGCUUGAUGCAGUUUUAGCCGAUAAGAUGAAGGAGUACGAGGCUCAGAUGCAGGCUAAGAUGGAGGCUAGAGAGGCGCAGAUACGAGAUGAGGCACAAGCUAGAGAGGCUCAGAUGCGUGCAGACGUACAUGCACAGUUGCAGGCACAGCAAGCCGAGUUCAUGAAGAUGCUAGCUGAGAUGAGGAAUCUACCACCCCCUUGAUUAUGUUUGUUUUAGGAACUUGAAUCUAUUUUGCUAGGUGCUAACUUAACUAGAAUUUGGAUUGUUAGAUACUUUGUUGAUUAUCGUUGACUAUUUGGAUUGUUGGAUACUUUGUUGAUUA